UAGACAGUAGGUUGAGCUACAGGUAUAGACAGUAGUUUGAGCUACAGAUAUAGACAGUAGUUUGAGCUACAGAUAUAGACAGUAGGUUGAGCUACAGAUAUAGACAGUAGGUUGAGCUACAGAUAUAGACAGUAGUUUGAGCUACAGAUAUAGACAGUAGUUUGAGCUACAGAUAUAGACAGUAGUUUGAGCUACAGAUAUAGACAGUAGUUUGAGCUACAGAUAUAGACAGUAGGUUGAGCUACAGAUAUAGACAGUAGUUUGAGCUACAGAUAUAGACAGUAGGUUGAGCUACAGAUAUAGACAGUAGGUUGAGCUACAGAUAUAGACAGUAGGUUGAGCUACAGAUGCAGACAGUAGUUUGAGCUACAGAUAUAGACAGUAGUUUGAGCUACAGAUAUAGACAGUAGGUUGAGCUACAGGUAUAGACAGUAGUUUGAGCUACAGGUAUAGACAGUAGGUUGAGCUACAGGUAUAGACAGUAGGUUGAGCUACAGAUAUAGACAGUAGGUUGAGCUACAGAUAUAGACAGUAGUUUGAGCUACAGAUAUAGACAGUAGGUUGAGCUACAGAUAUAGACAGUAGGUUGAGCUACAGAUAUAGACAGUAGGUUGAGCUACAGAUAUAGACAGUAGGUUGAGCUACAGAUAUAGACAGUAGGUUGAGCUACAGAUAUAGACAGUAGGUUGAGCUACAGAUAUAGACAGUAGGUUGAGCCACAGCCAUAUGGUAGCUCUUGACUCCGCCUCUUUGAGCAAUAGCGCCGUUACCCUGAGUGGAGAUGUACAGAGCUCACAGCCAGCGUUCACAUUCACACGCCUGACUCUAAACCCUGCUCCUGCUAUCUUCUCCUAACAGAACGAUCUUUUGACAGCUGUUCAUUGCAAGGAUGGAUGAGUUACAGGAUGUGCAGCUGACCGAGAUUAAGCCCCUUCUGACAGACAAAAACGGCCGAAACUUUCAGGAUUUCGACUGUCAGGAGCAUGACAUUGAGACCCCCCACGGUGUUCUCCAUGUCACUUUGAGAGGAACACCUAAAGGCAACCGGCCCGUGAUCCUUACAUACCAUGACAUAGGCCUUAACCAUAAGUCGUGCUUCAACACUCUUUUUAACUUUGAGGACAUGCAGGAAAUCACACAGCAUUUUGCCGUGGCUCAUGUGGAUGCUCCAGGUCAGCAGGAGAACGCAGCACCUUUCCCCACUGGGUAUCAGUACCCCACGAUGGAUCAGCUAGCUGAGAUGCUGCCCUCAGUCAUGACCCACUUAAAGAUCAAUAGUGUGAUUGGGAUUGGUGUUGGUGCUGGAGCCCACAUUCUCACCAGACUGGCACUGAAUCAGCCUACACUGGUAGAGGGACUGGUUCUUAUUAAUGUGGACCCGUGUGCAAAAGGAUGGAUGGAUUGGGCUGCCUCAAAGUUGUCAGGAUGGACCAGCAACCUGGUGGACAUUGUGAUGGGGCAUCAUUUCAGCACAGAUGAGCUGACAGAAAACCAGGAGAUCAUUCAGACAUACCGUCUGCACAUCGCUCAGGACAUGAACCAGGACAACCUGGCACUGUUCUGUAACUCCUACAACAGCCGCCGAGACCUUGAGAUUGAGAGGCCCGUCAUAGGGCUUAAUGAGGAAACUGUCAACACUCUGAAGUGUCCUGCGUUGCUAAUUGUUGGUGAUACCUCUCCAGCUGUGGAGGCCGUUGUUGAGUGUAACUCGAGGUUAAACCCCACAAAGACCACCCUUCUGAAGAUGGCAGAUUGUGGCGGCCUACCCCAAGUUGUACAACCUGGUAAACUUGCUGAGGCCUUCAAGUACUUUGUCCAGGGCAUGGGUUACAUCCCUCAUGUGCUCCUCAGCCAUCUGAACAGCGAAGCAGUGCCCACUGCCAGUAUGACGCGCUUGGCACGCUCUCGUACCCACUCAGCUUCCAGCAUGAACUCUGUGGAAGGUGCACGUAGCCGCACUCACAAUAACUCCCAGCCGGAUGGCGCUGCUGCCAGCCCAGGUCCUGAGUGCAAAGCCAGACCACAAACCAUGGAGGUGUCCUGCUAAAUCUGAUCUUAAACCACCUCUAAUUCUGUAUCAUUAUGCCACAUUCUCUCACAUAUCUUUUCUCAUAAUCCUGAAACCAGUCUUCUGGUGUAACGAAACAAUGCAAAGUAUGACUAUUGAAAUACAUUCACAAUUUGUACGACUUGGUUUUUUUUUUUAUUUAAGUCUUAAUCAGGUCCUGAUAUGAGGAUGGAUAAAAGUCUCCUGGAUGGAUGGAUAAUUGUCUCUUGGCUUGGAUAGAAGCAUUUCCAGCUCAGAAACUAUUGCUUUUUCAUACUAUAGAGAAGACCAAAUCACAUCCCACGUCUCUGCGUCCAUCCGUUCAUUCCAUCUGGUUCCUGCGCAGCAUCAUACACUUGUACAUGUUUUUUUUUUUUUCUUCUGUUGAUCACAGCUUUCUGUUCUCCUGUGAAGAUUCUGUGCUUUGUGAAUAUAUCAGUCUCCAGAUUGCAGAAUAGUUGUUACCCUUGUUUUCCUGUACAUUCUCACAAAAGAAUCUACUGAUAAGCAUGCCCUUUUUAAUGUAACUUAAUGGAAAUGUAUAUUGGGAUUUGUUUUGUGUUCGUGGUUUUGUUUUGUUUUUUUGUUUCUGAAGUUCUUGCAAAUACUGUAGACCUCAACCACCCAUGGGGCAACUUUGCACUGUAACACCGAUAUUUUGAGAUAUUUCAACCAAAACACACUUUUUCUGGCAUAGCUGCCUUUCAAUAAAAUCCUAUGACUUCUAGGUAAACACUAUAAAUUUCGAGAGAGUGGCAGAACAACCAACUUUGCAUACACAUUAGUCUCUAUAGCCUAUUGAGAAAGGAAACCGGAGACAUGAUCAUUCGUUAGAAUCUCAGUAGAUGUAGGGAAUUUAAUAAUUGAGUCUAUACACUCCCCGUAAACAUAAAUACUGACAAAGGGUUGUGGUUUUAACUUAUUCCACCCCCAUGUACAGUGGAUAGAUAUUCCAAUUUACUUGAAUCUACUGAUUACUUCCUCUAUUAGAUUUUGUAGCUCUAUUAUUAUUACUAUUAAUAUAAUUACUAUUAAUAUAAAUACUACUAUUAUAUGGUUUCUUGAAUGUGUAUUCAUUGUUGCUCUUUGACUGUACUGCCUUGUGUGAGCUUGUGACACCAGGCUUUGUCCUCCCAGCAUAUAGGGGGCACUAUACUUCUGCUGAGUGUAUUGAUUUGUAAUAAUUAAUAAAGUUAGAGGUUAUACAAUAAA